CAACAUCCCGUUCAGGAAUACAAUCGUUGGGAAAGAAAUAUCACUCUUUCGCUCCGCACAUCUCGUAUCGUAUUGCCGAGGACACGCCUCGACUGCGUCUCGGCAUAUCCCCUUUAGGCUUCUCGAAGUCGGCGAGUGACCGGACAUUCGACGAACUUGAUCAUUAACAUUCAUUCGAAGUGAGACAACAAGCAGCCAACUAGGGCAUCUAGGAGCGGCGACUGGGCGCGACCGCAACGUACAUGCAUUCGACACGAAACGUAUAUCCUACACUGAACCGCAGCGCCGCUGCGGCAUCAUACGACGAGCGCCUGGCCCGCUACCCAACAUAAAGCACCAGAGGCGAAGAUUGAAGAUCUACAACUUACAAUAGAGUUUUGCAUUAAUCCCCAAGAAUUAUAUGAUGGCUUGGGAACAGCUUGAUGUCAACAAGCCACAUUUGGUGUAUAUCAUCCUCGGAGGCUUCACGAGCCUGUUCAUGCUAUGCUCCUCCGUCAUCAAGGAAAGGCUGUACAUUGGCGAGGCUACCGUGGCCACAAUCUGUGGCAUUAUAUUCGGACCUCAUGCCGCCAACCUCAUCGACCCAACAACAUGGGGCAAUACCGACCAGAUCACGCUCGAGUUCUCGCGCAUUGUCCUUGUUGUACAAUGCUUCGCUGUCGGUGUAGAGUUGCCGAAAGCAUACAUGGAGCGGCAUUGGCGAUCCGUUGUAUUCCUCCUGGUUCCGGUUAUGACAUUCGGCUGGCUUGUCACGAGUCUCUUCAUCUGGGCCUUCUUUCACCCAACGCUGAAUUGGUUGGACAGUCUCUGCGUCUCAGCUUGCGUGACGGCAACCGAUCCCGUCCUAGCCUCCUCAGUCGUCGGUAAAGGCAAGUUCGCAAAGCGUGUCCCGAAGCAUCUCCGAGAUCUUUUGUCAGCUGAGUCAGGCUGCAACGAUGGCAUGGCCUUUCCGUUCAUCUAUCUGGCUCUCUACUUGAUACGUUACCGGCCGCAUGCCAACGAAGUCGCACUGCAUUGGAUAUGUUACACCAUCCUAUAUGAGUGCGUAUUUGGCGCUGUCUUCGGUGUCGCCGUCGGUUACAUUGCGCGCCGUGCAAUCAGGUACGCGCACGAGAAAGAGUGGAUCGAUCGAGAAUCCUUCCUCGUCUUCUACUUUGUCCUGGCUCUCUUCUGCGCCGGAUCUGGUUCUAUCUUGGGCGUUGAUGAUUUGCUUGUUGGCUUCGCUUGCGGUGUCGGCUUCAGUAAUGACGGCUGGUUUACCGAGAAGACGGAGGAGUCUCACGUCUCGAACGUUAUCGAUCUACUAAUUAACCUGGCUUUCUUCGUUUAUUUCGGUACGAUCAUACCGUGGGAGCAGUUCAAUGCAGGGGUGUUGAACCUGAAUGUAUGGCGAUUGGUGGUGAUAGGACUCUUGGUACUGUUCUUUCGCCGCAUCCCCGUCAUGCUGGCUUUAAAGCCACUGAUACCCGACAUUAAAACAUGGCGCGAAGCGCUGUUUGCCGGCCACUUCGGACCAAUUGGUGUUGGCGCCAUCUUUGUGGCCAUCCUAGCGAGAGGGGAGCUGGAGACAGACUACCAGACCACGACUCCUCUCGCAGUCCUUCCGGAGCCUCCAUUUCCGCAUCUGAACAUCAUCGAGACCAUUUGGCCGAUCACUACAUUCCUGGUCAUCUGCUCGAUCAUUGUCCACGGCUCGUCUAUUGCAGUUUUCACGCUUGGGAAACAUAUCAAUACGUUGACGCUGACUAUGUCCUAUACGCAAGCGAACGAGCAAGGUCCAUCGUGGAUGGAGAGGUUGCCACGCAUACAGUCCCGAUCGAAGAGCUCCAUGUCGUUACAAAGGUCCGACUCGGAGUUCGACGAGAAGGACCGGAGUAACGUUCCACCAGGCAUGCUGCCGCCCAUUGGCCAGCCAGGUACAUUCUUGCGCAGACAGAAGGAAGAGGAUAAUCCAAGUCGCACGCAAAGCCGCGCUUCUAGCAGACAUCGAUCAAGACGUAGCAAAAGAUGGGAGAGUGGCGAAGGUCCGGGUGGACCCAUCAGUCAGUCAGCAAUUGCACCUGCUCGGAGACAAGACAGCGAGGAGCCAUGGAGUCGGAGCGACUCCGAAACGCUGGCUGUGAAGAGCGACUCCUUACCGAGCUCUGAGGAGGAAAAGAAGCAAAAGAAGCGUGCAGAGCAAAAGCCAGAUGUCGGACCAGAGCCUGAGGCUGACCGCCACGAAGUACCGGAGUCCGGUGAGAUUUUCGAGGAAGGUGACCAGACAGUGUACGAGGAUAUGGAGGGCAACGUCCUUGCUGUAGAAGACAGCAAGGAUGAGGAUGGUGACAAAGGACAGCCCGCGCGAGAGGAGUUUGAGCAGCGCGAAGGACGCCGCUUGAUGCGUGAAGGGCAUGCCGAUGAGAACCAUGGGGUGGCGACUACGAAGGAUGAUCCGAACCGCGAUCCCGCAGAUAUGGCCAAGGACGAGCUGCACAAGGCAGAGCAUGGCGUCAAGGAGGCAGUCGAGCGACCCGGCAAGCGUUGGCGAGAAGGACUCACCAGAAUGAGCACUGCGACUGGCUUCGGCAAGCGCGAGGGUGGUGAAAGCAAGGCGAAGGAGAAGAAGACAGAAGAGCCCAAGAAUGGCCCGGCCCGAGCGUAUCAGUACGGAAACACCAUUAUCGUUGAAGACGAGGACGGCGAGGUCAUCAAGAAGUACGACAUCCCCGCCCCAGAUCGCAAGGGAGGAGGCGCUGCAGACUCCGGCAGAGCUCAGCAUCGCAUUGGACAGAUGGGCCGCAUGCUUGGCCUCGGCGGCAAGGAUGGGAAAGACGGCAAGGCCGCCGGUGGCGUAGCUUCAUCUGCAGGCAGUAGUGAGAACAACAAGGCCGCCAAAGGACGUGAGCGUGACCAGGAGCAGGCAAACGAAGACGAUCGCUUGCGCUUUACCAUCAAUGCCGGUGGGAGGCGCAUGAGCAAGGCCGAAUUCAUUGACCAGAUUCGCAAGAUGGACCCGCGGACUCGCGUGGAAGCAGUCGAAGACAGCGAUGCCCCCGAGGCUGUCAAGCGCGAAGCCCGUCUGGAUGCUCGAGAGCAAGCCGCGGCGAAGGUCAGCGCUGCUACUGAGCCGAGCGUGCCUGUUGUGCCGGAAGGUGCAGAAGAAGAGCAAGGCCAAGCACACGAGCACCGUGGCAGCCAGCCAGCGCUACACCCUGUGAGGAGCCACGAGUCUGGCGAGCUGCGUCUUGUCGACUCCAAUGAGCAGAGCAUACCAUUUCACGACGUCUCCGCAACGUUGCGUGACUACCAAAUGCAAUCAAGCUCAGGCGAAACAGCCGCGGAACGUCGCCGUCGGCAGGCCUUACGGCAGCCGAACGAAGAAGAUUCGGAUGAUGAUGGCACCGAACGUGUGCCGCCUAGCGCUGAAGCUGGACCUGCCAAUAGAAGGUCAGCAGGUGAGACGGCUGCCGAGCGACGUCGUCGUGAGGGUGCACUCGGUCUUCGGCAGAACGAGGAGAGCGAUAGUGACGAGAAUGACGAGCCUAGGCAGCCACCUGGACGACCCAACAUACGUUUUGCUGAUGAUCCUUUGCCGGCACAGCGGGAGCAGCAACAGCAGCGAGAGCCGCGACAUACUACUCUCCGGUGGGGGAGGAAUGUAGGACGAUGAGGUACGAUGACUGUUGUUGAAUGGUUAUAUUGCGUUGAUGCUUGUCUUACAUACUUGAGAUGCUAGAUUAGCGCGGCGUUGGGAGGUAUGGUAUAGCUUUAUGGAUAGUACUCUAGAUUUCUUAGUCAUACUCGGCACUGUAGCUUGGUGACGGUAACCCGUAUAUCCUGAAAAUACCU